GUUGGAUAGAAGUGUUCGUUGAGGUACAGGUUUUGAAGGCAGCCUGCUACUGGAAGUUUUUGAGCAGUCUUACAGUGAGGAGUGGUGUUGUUCGUUAAGAUGAUACCUGUGGUGGUGAGUAGUGUUUUGGCAGGACUUGUGGCCCUUGUUGUUUACCAGAGGAUGAACUACCCCUUCUUCUGGGUGGAUUUGAUUUAUUAUUUGAAACUUCGGAGGUACGGGAAGACGUUGCAGGCUCGUAUGCAGAAAGGAAUCAUCACAUACCUCGACUGUUUUCUCGACCAGGCGAGAAGGAACCCGAACAAACCCUUCAUCAUCUUCGAGAAGCAGACUCUGACAUACCAGGACGUGGACAGGAGAAGUAACCAGUUUGCGAACGCGUUCCGGACGGACGGCUCUUUGAAACAAGGAGACAUUGUUGCCCUGCUGAUGUUCAACGAACCAGACUUUGUGUGUGUGUGGUUGGGAUUGUGUAAAGUGGGCUGUCAGGUUGCCUUUCUCAACGUCAACAUAAAAGCCAGAUCUGUGCUGCACUGCCUACACAGCUGCGGAGCCAGGACGCUGGUUGUUGGGGCAGAUUUGGUGGGUUUGGUGAAGGAGGUGAUACCGGAUCUGAAGAAGGACAGUAUGGCUGUGUGGGUGGUGGAUCAUACAUCUCCUUCUGAGGAUUUUAGCAGUUUACUGGACAAGGUUGAACACAUGUCUGGAGAAACCCUAAGUGACCUUCCUAAAGUUGACAUCAUGUCAAACUUUCUCUUCAUUUUCACUUCAGGCACCACAGGUCUCUCCAAGGCAGCCCGUGUAGGUCAUCUGAAAGCGAUUAUGAGUAUGGCCUUCUUUCACAUGUGUGGAGCCACAUCUGAUGACAUAAUUUACAUCACUCUUCCUCUUUACCACAUGUCUGCGUCCCUGUUAGGAAUUGGUGGAUGCAUACAUCUUGGUGCAACGUGUGUGUUAAAAAAGAAGUUUUCUGCCAGUCAGUUUUGGAAGGACUGUGUGAAACACAAUGUAACGGUGGUGCAGUACAUAGGAGAGCUCUGUCGCUACCUGUUCAACCAUCCCAUGGUUCCAGAGGAGAGGGCUCACAGAGUUCGGCUGGCAGCAGGAAGUGGUCUCAGGUCAGAUGUUUGGAAAGUGUUCGUCAAGCGCUUUGGGAGGAUCAAGAUCAGAGAGGGUUACGGCCUAACUGAGGCUGGCAUUGGCUUUCUCAACUACACUGAUGAGGUCGGACCAAUUGGGAGGGCGAGUUAUUUCAAUAAGCUUUCUAUGCCCUUUGAGCUGCUGAGAUAUGAUCCACAGACCUACGAGCCAGUCCGGACACACUCUGGAAGAUGCAUACAAGCACAGAUAGGAGAGCCAGGGAUCCUGGUAGCUCCUCUGACAGCUAUGAACCAGUUCUUGGGCUACGCUGGCAAUCAGGUCCAGUCUGAGAAGAAGCUGCUGAAGGAUGUGUUUAAAGGCGGAGAUGUUUAUUUCAACACUGGGGACCUCCUGCUCCACGAUCACAGGGACUUUCUUUACUUCCGGGAUCGCAUUGGAGACACCUUCAGGUGGAAAGGAGAGAAUGUGUCCACCACAGAGGUGUCAGAGGUGAUAGGUCUUCUUGAUUUUAUCCAGGAGGCCAAUGUCUACGGAGUCACCGUACCAGGAUAUGAGGGGCGGGCAGGGAUGGCUGCUGUUGUCUUAAAACAGGACCACAGAUUAAAUGGAGCAAAACUCUACAACCAUUUACUAAAAACACUUCCUGCAUAUGCCUGGCCCUGGUUCCUCCGAAUACAGAGCUGUCUGGAUGUGACAGAGACCUUCAAGCAGCAGAAGAUGAAGCUUGUCCAGGAGAGUUUUAAUCCGGACAUCACCCAGGAUCUGCUCUAUUUCUUAGAUGUGUCUCAGAAGGACUAUAUUCUCCUGACUGCAUCUCUGUAUCAUGACAUUAUGUCUGGAAAGAUAAUGUUAUAAACAUGUUAGGGCAGGAACACAAGGAAACAUAAUCUUUGCUGUUGUCACAUUUCCAUGUAUGUGCAUUUCAAACCCUGCUUAGUGAUCAGUGCCAGUGUGAGGUGAGCCUUACGCUUCACAGAGUCUGUCUGUCAACAAGAUGUGAGCUGUUCAGCCAACAACUGAUUCUACUUUCUCACAUUGUUUCCAACAGUUUUGUCAUUUUUAAAGGGGAAUAACUGUCCCGAAAUUAACAAGAAAAGAAGUCAAAAUUUGAAGAAAAAAAAGUAGAGCAGAAUUUUCUUUCUCCUGUUUAACAUUCAGCGAAUGCUCAGUGUAUGUGCUCUGCAGCAGGCUGACGAUUCAACCAUGACACAUUGAAGCAUCAGCUGCUCACACAUGCUGAAAACAACAAACUCCAUUUAGUGUAUUAUUUUAUUAAUAAUGAAAGAAAAUUUUAACAUGCAACAAUCUGACCAAACUUGCAAAACAAAACUCUGAGUUACUCACUCAGUGUAAAUUUUCAGUAGUGGCCAGAGCCCAUAUUUACCUCAGCUUCAAAGAAAAGCAGGCCCUGUAGCACCAGAUAAUGUAAUAAAGCCUGAAAAUUUGCACUUAACCUGACUGAAAAUGUAAUAAAACCAAAUAAUGUCAUCACUUGACAAAUAAUAAUAAUUAAAUGUCCUGACAGAUAUUGUAAAAAUCUUUUUGCAGAUAAUAUUACAUUUUAGUUGGGUCCCUUUUUCAAAACUGUUCAAGUAUUCAUUUUGAGGGAUGAUAUAAUCAGGUAAUAUUAAAUUUUAGUCACUAAAGUGAAACAAAAGCCUCAACAAUUGGCCAAUACAACUCAUAUAUUAAUGUUGUCUUAUCCGCGCAAAAGAUGUACAGACGACUAAAAUAAACACUCAGUGGAGCACAGGUCACUCUGGUAACUCACAGCACUCAAGCAGCAAGAGGACUCUUUUAAAGGGACAGAGACAUUUCCUCGGGAUAUGGCUAAAAAGACAACAGAGAGGGUCUUUGAUUUAAUUUGACUUGAACAUGUAAAAAAAGAAAAUAGAG